CAAAGACUCUCUAUAAUCUCGCCACAGUUUCAGGAAGGCGAAAAGAGCAGCAACAAUGGCGGGAAGGUCACCGAGAUCGGCGUUCAGUUGGACGGAAUUCGAAUUUUCCCUCAGAUCCUCCAUUUUCCGGUGGACCGACGUCCUCUCCUCGCUUUUCUCAUGGAACUGGAGUUCCGCCUGGUUCCGCCGCUGGCCUCGCGGCCUUCUCAACAUUCCGAUCGUCGAUGAACUCAUCUGGUCCGUCACCACCGCCUUCGAAUCCGUCGCCUUAGUCUCCAUGAUUGGCUUCUUCUUUGUCUUCUACGGCUGCAACUUGUAAUCCGUUCUCGAUUGAUUCCAUUUCCAAAUUACUUGUCGCUUCCUCAGCGGCAUUAGAAACAGAAUUUUGACUGGUAAGAAGAAGAACUAAUCAUUCGGUAUGAGAUUCCUUUUGCUUUUUAACUUAAUUUAUUGAAUUUUCUUUUCGUUUUGGGUACUCUGUUCUUGAUGAAGAUUUUUGUUUUUGGUUGAAUUUGUGAGUGGGAUCGUAAUUAGUACCAGCCCUAAUUUGUUUAAUCUUCCUCAAAAUCAAUAAGUUCAUUAGGGUUUAUUUAUUUUUCUUGUAGAAUGUUCUUGUUGUAUAAACGAAUUAUUUUAAUUUUGAAAUUCAAAUGUGAUA